AUGUCUACCCCCGAACAACAAUACGAAGAUCUCGUCAAGGGCCAGAACCUCUCGCCCGAUGAUGUUCUCGCCGCUUUCGACAAGCUCAAGCCCAUCAAGCCCGAGCAAUUCACCGGCUCCUGGAAGGGCGCCAACGUCAACACGGGCCACCCCACCGAAGACAAGCUUACGGGCAUGCGCUGGGCCGGCAAGACCUUCCGAUCGACCGAGGACGUCGACCCGAUCAUGGUGUACAAGGACGAUGGUUCGCGUGUGUGGAACGCCGACUGGGGCCAUGCUCGGCUCCGUCAGAUCGAGUUCCGCGGCGUCCUGUCCACUGCCAUGGUCUAUGACGACUUCCCCAUCAUUGACUACUUCCGAUACGUCCGCGAUGACCUGAUUGCCGGUGCUAUGGAUGCGAAGACCGCUGCCGGGGGUACCUACUACUUCUAUCUGUACAAGUAA